GGUGUAUUUCUCUGAAACGUCCGCCAGGGGGCGCAUCAACGGUAGGGAGGACUGGACAGCCAGCAGCCGGGAAAGGAGGAUCCGCGGUGGGAUGGCGCCGCCGCGGCAGCUCGCUCCUUCUCCCAGAGGCUCCAGUUUGGCUAGCUAGCUGCUGGCUAACCGGAGCGGAAAAAUGAGCGACCGGGACGGUCGCCGAGUCGGAGGAUGACUUCAGAGCGUCGCGGUUUUGAGGCUUCGAGCUUUGAGUGAUGCUCUCGCGAAAGAAAAGUAAAAACGAAGCGUCCAAACCGGCCGAGGUCCACGGGAAGUAUGUGAAGAAGGAAACGUCGCCGCUCCUCCGAAACCUUAUGCCCUCGUUCGUUCGCCAUGGACCCACCAUCCCCAGACGAACCGACGGCCCCCCGCCGGAGUUGGGGUCCUCCACCUACCCCGUUGCAUCCAGCCGGGAGUCCGUGGCGUCCCAGAGCAAGAGCGUCCUGCGCCCGCCCGUGCAGAGGCCGCCGCAGGAGGUGGCACGCCGGGAGAGCCACCGCAUGUCGGCGCCCCCCUACCUGCCUCGCAGCCUGGGCGACCUUCCCCAUGAUUACCGGGGCUCCACGCAGUCCUUCCUCACGGACGUGAGCCACGUGUCGGAGAACGGAGACGCGGCCCGCUUUUAUUACCCCCCCGAGGCGUAUUACGACAGCCCGCAGCAGCAGCGACCCCGAAGGGCGGCAGAGCGCUUUCCCGACGACUACAGAUACUUUGAACCCGGCGAACACAACUUCAUGAGACAUCCCCGCCAGCACACGCCCCCAGCCCCGAGCCGCCCCCCCUCAGGCAUCAGCCAGAUCCAGGCCAAGUCUCUGGGGAACCUGUCCAGCCUGGCGGGGGAGGACCUCCCCCUCCCAGCCGGUUGGACGGUGGACUGGACCAUCCGCGGCAGGAAGUACUUCAUCGACCACAACACCAACACCACCCACUGGAGCCACCCCCUGGAGAGGGAGGGGCUCCCCCCGGGCUGGGAGAAGGUGGAGUCCGCCGAGUUCGGGGUCUACUAUGUGGACCACGUCAACAAGAGGGCGCAGUACCGACACCCGUGUGCCCCCAGCGUGCCGCGCUACGACCAGCCGCCACCCCUGCCCCCGCCUGUCACCUACCAGCCCCGCCCGGCAGAGAGGAACCAGCCGGUCCUGGUACCGGCCAACCCGUACCACACGGCCGAGAUCCCAGACUGGCUGCAGGUGUACGCCCGCGCCCCGCUCAAGUACGACCACAUCCUGAAGUGGGAGCUGUUCCAGCUGGCCGACCUGGACACGUAUCAGGGAAUGCUGAAGCUGCUCUUCAUGAAGGAGCUGGAGCACAUCGUCAAGUCCUACGAGGCGUACCGCCGGGCGCUGCUGUCCGAGGCGGACGCCCGCUCACAGCGACAGCAGUGGUACAGCAAGAACUUUGUGGCCAACAUGUGACGACCUCAGAGUUCAUUUUAGAAAACCCAUCUGUGCCUUCGCUUGAUCCAAAGCAUGGACGGGAAGAGGGGCGGCCCCACACGCCUCAAACAGAGGAGCUCUUUGCUGGGCAACAGUCAGAGAGCUGCAGCUUUAAAGUGUGGGUUCUGCUCCGACCCAAACCCCAACGUUUCGCCGUUCCUGCACGCCUCACCCGACAAUCCUCCGAAGCUCGGCUGCCAUUGAUGGACGCCGCUCUGCGUUGGCGCUCGCUCGAAAAACCCGUUUUCCUGAACCAUAAGCUACUAGAACGUUUGAAUCUCACCAAAUAUGUGCAAUUCAGCAUUUUUUUUCUGGAUUUUUAAUGAAUUUUUGUGGACUGGUCCAAAUGAAAACCUCCGCUGCUCUGUCGGAGUCAGGACUCGAACACGCCUGAAACCCUGUACCUGUGCGGGAGCGUCCAGCCUGCUCCUAUGAAUAACCUUCAGAAGCGGUAACGUCUGCGGUGACGGAGGGAUAAACGUUUACUUCAUCAGCAAAACAAACAUUUCUGCGUUUGUACAUAUUUGUCACAUUUAGAUGUUUCAAAAUAAAACUCAAAGUUUAAAAAAACGAAAAACAAACCCAAAGACGUCCAAACCUGUAAAAAAGUCUUUUUCCUUCAGAUCUAAAGACGGAGACUUUUCAUCAGAACCGUGGUCACGAUGGCGAGUGAUGCGCAUGAAUGAGUGGACGGACGCGGCGGUUCUGCUGGGUUUUUGGUCCGAUGGCGGUUUCUCUGAGAGCGUUCAUGUGAUGAGUGGAGAAGAUGAGGCGGUGGGACGUUUCUGCGGCGUCCGGCCCGUCUUCCUGCAGCUCACCGAUGAUCCGAGGGAUCCGGAGCGGCGGCGGCGGCAUUCCUCCGCCCCGCCGGUCCGGGCGUAAAGCUGCAGCCGUGCAGGAGCGGCAGGACGAUACGGCACAACAGCACUUUGUCACAACCAUUAACACAACAUGAGGAGCUGGACGCGCAUGCGGCAGCGGCGCACCACGACACAUCAACGGACGCAAGCGGCUCUCAGAGAAGCGGCGAGGAGGAGGAGGCUGGAGCUCCUCCAGCCGAGCUGGACGCCAAGACGCUCCCGGGGAGCGGCGCCGGCCGGAGUCUGGAUCAAGGGUGCUCCUCCGCCUCUGUCCUCCUCUUCAUCACCAGUUCAGUCCCUGCGGUCUUCGUCAGUCGCUCUUCUUCUCCUGCUCUGCUUCCUCGUCCGCUCGAGGUCCCGGGAAGGCGUGGUGGUACAGGUGUCUGUGAUUGGCCGCCACGUUGUAGAGCUUGUAGAGCGCCUGUGAACACAGAGGGAGGGGCCGGAUCGUUAUUCGAACCCAAAUGGACCCGACUGCACAAAGUUUUUAUGGAUCACGGAAACAGAAUCAGAACUUCUGAUGAACCGGCGAGUUCAGCAGCUGGAAGAUCCGGAGCAGAAAGUUUCUCCAUCAUCCUCUCACGGAGAACACUGGACAGAGGAGAACCUUCACAGGAACCAAAGAGGGUCCAAGAACAGGAGGAGGACUCGACAGACCUCUUUGGACUCAGUUCAGGUCAAAGGUCACGACCCAACAGUCAGAAAGAGACUUUAGGACAAACGUGGAUCCAUGAGAGACGCUGCUGAGGAACAGGAACAUCUGGAGGAUCCACUGGACCUCUGGACUGAUGUUCUGAUCAGACACAAGAACAUCUGGACUCACUUCCAGAGUCAGGCAUGGAGGUGGCAGUGUGAUGGUGUGGGGCUGAACGUCCUCCCUCAGAACAAAGAUCUAAACUCAGCAUGUUUGAUAACCUCCAUUUAAAUCCACAUUUUUUAUCACCUCUCCUAAACAUUUUCUGUUCCAAAUAUGCACAAAUAUAUUUGUGUGUUUCUGCAUUACAAAUGAAUAAAAUUUAAAUUAUCGAUGAUAAA